AUGAUGCCUGAGAUGUCAGAACAGAUCAAUGGGAUCAUCCAUGCCCAUAUGGGAGGGGAGGCCAAGCAGAUCCGCAGCGCUGCUGAGCGCAUUGUGAAGAUGUUGGUGUCGUCGGGUCUCGCUUACGUCAACCGCUGCCAGUGCGUGAACGUGGGGACCCACAAUCAGAAUAGGGAUGGCACUGGCCUCGACGUAGAGAAAGUGCAUCAGUUGAUCUUGCUCAUAUGCAACCAGGGUUGGGUAUGGGAAGAGGUUCGUAAUGCUUGGGCCUUCGAGCUGCCUCCUGGCGAGGAGGGAGAUGAACAAUACCGAUUCAACGUUGCCCUUGCAGAAUCUGCUGAUGGUUAUCUAGCCCCGUGGACUGACAAGAACAUGCUUAGGUUUCUGAGCGUGACGUCCAGCCACACCAUCGCUGGCAUCCGUUGCGUCAAGUGCAGGUUCGGCUCGAAGUCGUUGCAAGAUGCUAUCAGCACAGACGGGCGAGUAUCUCGAGACAGAGUGUACGACCUCGCACCGAGCUACUUGGAACCCGUCGACAACGGCAUGGACUGGACCAUCAUCCGCCAUGAGGUUGCGACAGCCUGCCCACUGUUGCCGCACUUCCUGCAAGAGCCGGGAAACGCGGGCCACGGAACGCAGCAGCUGUUCUCCAAGAUACAAACCCUCCUUCGCAUCCACUCGCGUGCAAAGUUCAUGGGGAACGAUUGGGACAAGGUCACGGCUGCCGUGGAGAAGAACUCUCCGCACUUGCAGGGCCACGUCCGCGGAAUGUGCGACUUAGUGGCAGAAUACUCUGGAGGAACACCUCCAAUAUACCUGCAGGACCUCGAGAAGUGGGCCAAGACGUUGAAGACCUCGAAGGAUGUCGAUGGCAGGAGCUUCAAAAUGCUGUCGGCAAUCCCCUUUAAGCAAGGACCUGAGUGCAUCAUCGGAAUGCUCAAAGCAAUGGUCGCAUCUCCAGAUGCGUUCGUCAGGGGUGGAGUGAGCCGCCUUCUCACGUCUUCCGACGCAUCGGAUGUGGUUGGCAAGAAGAAGGCAGAUUGCUUGUCGGCCGCGUCCUACGCCAAGACAGGGCGCGAGUGGCUGCAGGGGAGCGCACCGCAGCUCGAGGAGCACGUGGUCUCCAAGCUGGUCGGGGACUUCCAGAUCAGAUGUGUUAUGCACGUGCAUGGCAAGAAGGCGCCUGGCAGGGCGACCUUCAAGGGCAUCGGGGAUAUUGCCAUGGCCUUUCUCGAAGACGUCUUCGCAGCAGCCCCUGACUUGAAGUCGUCUGGCGAUCUGCCGUGGGACUGCGUCGCCAGGUCCCCCAAGGAUGACGGCAAGACAAAGAAGCAGGAGAUCGUGCAGUUCAGCGGCGGUGGCGGUGGCCUCGACAAGGCAGCACUUGCUCAGCUGGGUUUCGAAGUUGGCCAGGACGUCACCAUGAAAACAGACGCCUCGAAUGCGCUCACCAUCGCAUCGAUUGACGACGGGAGGGUGACGUUCGAGAUCGAUGGCCGCCACGAGGCCAAGAAGCCCCACGCGAUCACGUAUGCGAAGUUG